AUGUUUGUCAAGUACCAAUUCUCUAUUAUGCUACCAGUUCUACAAUCGACACUUACAACACCAAGGCCGGUGAUCUUUCAUCAAACUUUUUCUUGAGAUCUCCUGAUGCUCAACUGGUCUUCGACAAACAUAAUCGUCAAAUAUUAAUGUAUGCAUCAGGCACAACUUUUUCCAGAGUAACUUUGGAUGGCUCAAAUAUAACAACCUUGGCGACAGAUGAAGACCAUAUUCGACGGUUUACAUAUGAUGGUCGUCGUAAUGUUAUAUAUUAUCUUCAUGAUGCAAGUGAAGCUAUUCAUAUGUUAAAUCUGACAAGUAUGCAGGAUAAUGAAAUUGGUGCUUUGGCUCAUAUUUCCAACAUUAAAGAUCUUGACAUUGAUGUAUUGAAUGAGUAAGGCGAGAUUUUUUUAUUUAUUGGUUUACGGAUUUGACUUUAAAAAAUAAGAGGUCGGUAGGUCGGAAAAAAAUUAAAAAAAAACAAACUGAGUAUAAAUGAGAACCAAAAUUAAUAAUCUGUAUAAAAUGUUUUAACGUCAAUUUAAAAAAAGAAACAAGACGCCGACUCGGCGUUAACCUCGGGUAGUAGGGCUGCUAAGACAAAAAAUCGUUCAAAUUGUGAUCACAUUCUGAAACUUGGCACAGAUACUCAUUAGGAUAUGGGGAAUAUGGAAUGGAAGGACUGCCCAAAAUUUGAGCAGGGGAAAGUGCCUAUUUCGGCCUUCAAAAUGGCCGACAUUCUGUAUGCACCUUGAGGAAAAUUAUCUCACUUAAUCAUCACAUCUGUGAACAAAUGAACAAGCCUAGUACACAUGCAUGCAAGAGAAGGCUUAAAAAAGUUUUUCCACAAUAUUAUAUGUUGCACUGUCAUGAAAUUAAGGAUAUUUCAGAAAAACAGUAGUGCGCAUGCGCAGUCACAUCUCCCUGAAAUUCGAAUGUUUUAUUGCUUUUCCUGGAUAUAUUUUGCUAUCUGUUAAUGCAUGCUGUUUGUUUUGGCAGCAACAAAGAUAAUAUUUUAGCAACUUACACAUACCUUAACUGUGAUAACAUUUGAAAUAUUGAAAUGUUACGGUAGCUCUUGCUAUCAAAAACACACCUUCGCCUUGUGUGUUCUUUUUGGUGAAAAAUAAAUCACGGCAACGCUCACAAACGUAUGGGGACUUUGCCCACAAUUAUAAGGGAAUUGAAGUUCAAAUGUGAACGAUGCGAAAUUGAAAUUCUUUACGUCUGUCUGCGAGGUCCACAUACGUUACUUUUUAACCAAGCACGGGUGUUUUGGCAUUAUCUAAUAUUUCGCUUGACAAACACACAGCUCCAUACACUCUCUUUGCAUUUACAUCUACCAACCACAGAACAAAUCAGCUCUUCACUAGUCACUUAGGAUACGUCGGGCAUCGACUGGCGGGAACCCAGUGUGUGGGUUUCAGCUCUACUCUUGCAGCUUCUGGACAAUUGUACCACUUUCGUGCUUGUAACGCAGAUCGUUUUACGUGUUCGUUCAAUGCAGCAGUUGUUCAGUGGCGUAGCCAGAACGAUAAUCGGGGGGGGGCAUAUUCAUAUAUUCGUGUUCUGCUUUAUUAAUUUUUUUUGAAAUCAACUGUUUUUAUGGUAUGUAAACACGAAUAUAUGAAUAUGCCCCCCCCCCCCAAUUAUCGUUCUGGCUAUGCCACUGCAGUUGCUGGGGGUAUGUUGUCAAUUAUUUUUCCCUUGCUUGUCAAUUAUUUUUCCCUUGAUACCCGAAAAGGUAUCGCCUUGUAUCGUUGAUCUCUUCGCCGUCAAAUGUGCUGCAAUAAAAAGCUGCAACAAACUGUUCCAAAAGAUCACUGUCUGCUUCACAUAUCUUACCUUCGGACGUUGCUACUCGUUCAAACACUGGAGUCAAGCUGGGUAUUUGUUUCCAUGUUUCGCUUAAUGAUUUCUUGCCUUUACCUUUGAACGCUGAUGUGGUAUCACAAAGAGGCUUGAGGUCCUAGUGAUGUGGUAAUUACGUGGAUUGGAAAGUACUUCAAAUGCUUCCCACUCCAAACUUGAGCCACAGUUCUUGGAGGCCGUGGAUCUUGUGGAAAGCUUUGAGUGCAACAACAACAACAUCACUGUCUACAGUCUUGACCAAAACGCGUGGAGAAAGUUUAGCAGCACGUUGUGCAUGGACAAACAUACGUUUAUCUGCGGCAUCAAUACUUCAAGAUCUACAUCCUGAUUCGCCACUACCCUGCCGUCUAGAGACCCCAUACACGUGUAUCAAUGCUUUCAAUCAGUACUUUAACGAAGAAGGGAAACAGUUCCGUUUUGUUUUCGUCGCAUCUAAGAAUCGUUGACUAAUUGUUUGCCAUACUCCCGUUGCUUUCACGAGCCUCCUAACACCAGAACCACGGUUUGACCGUGUACCAGACUUUAAACUGCCCUUAAAGUACCUAUCGAAAAACCAAGUUGAUUAGCUGACCUUAGAUGAUAUUUUAUUUUCGGUAGGAUGACAUUUGAGAAUAAGGUGAAAACAAAACGGAACUAUUUUUACUGGUUGAAAGCAUUGAUACACGUGGACUAUUCCUGGGGUCUCUAGAUAACAGAGUUGUGGCGAAUCAGGAUGUAGAUCUUGGAUUGUUGAUGCCAUGCAACAUCGAAGAAGCCGAUAAACGUAUAUGUCUCCAUGUCCAACAUGUCGCUGAACUCUGUCCACACGUUUUGGUCAAGACUGUAGACUGUGACGUUGUUAUUGUUGUUUUGCACUCGGAGCUUUCCACAGGAUCCACAGCCUCAAAAAACUAUAGCUUGAGUUUGGAGUAAGGAACGUUCCAAUCCGCAAAAUUGCAGCAUCCUUAGGACCUCAAACCUCCAUCGCUUAACCGCGUUCCUGUUUUUCUACGCAUUAAGUGGCUGAUACCACAUCAUCGUUGAAAGGUAAAGGCAAAAGGAGCAACGUCGGAAGAUAAUAUAUGUAAAGCAGACAGUGAUCUUUUGAAACAAUUUGUUGCAGCUCUUUAUUGCAGCACAUUUGAUGGCGACAAGGUCAACGAUGCAAGGCGAUACUUUUUCAUAAGCCGGGGAAAGACCAUUGACAAUAUUAUAUUCCCAACUGCCAACAACUGGUGCAUUGGACGAACACGUAAAAACGAUCUGCGUUACAAGCACGAAAGUGAUACAAUUGUUUAUGAAGCCGCAAGAGUAGCGGAACCCACAUAUUGGAACCCACAUAUUGGGGAUGAAUGA